AUGGGCUGCAGCAUGGGAGCUGCCCUGGUACCCCCCCAGAACCUCCCAUGUGGAGCCGGCACCUGCAGCGGGAGGCCGUCUGACAGCACCCACGCCACGGGCUCCUGCCCUCCCCCAGCCGGGUGAGCCCGCGUGUUUCCCUGUUUGCCUCUCACCUUCUGCUCUGAUCCUGGGACAGGGGACACUGACACCCAGGCUGCUGCCCCUGCAGGAGCCCGCUCACACCCAGGCUGUCACACCCGCGGGCUUUCCAGGGCUCACAUCCUCCUUAUUCUCAUUCCCCUGGAGGGGCUGGAGCCCUGCACCCGGCCGUGCUUCGUUGCCAGCUAAACUAACCAUUAAGGAAGAAAGAAGCGUGAAGGACAGAAAAACAAGAUGUUGGUGCUGUCUAAUGACACAGCCCUGAAUUCACUUCUCUCCAAGCUGCUUCAAGACUACCUGGAGCAGACAAAUAGCUCUGCACCUUCCCAGGCCGUAAGUGCCAGCAACAACCUGGAAAUCAUCUAUGUGCUGCUGAUAAUUGGCCUCUUUGGCUUCUUCACAGUGGGAGUCAUGCUGACCAACAUCCGUGCCAGGAGGCUGGAGAACUCCCGUGACCCCUACAACACCUACAUUGCCACAGACAUUUGGCACAAGAAGGACAGGGAGUAUUUUCAAGCCAAGCUCAUAGAAAAUUACAAGCUGUGCUGUGUCUUUGAAAACCAGCUGGCCGUGGAGCAGCCAAGCACGCAGAUUCCUGAGGCAAAGUCUUCCUAGGAAAAUGGGAGAAAAGAUUGUACUCUGCACAGGGACAUUCCGAACGAUAUCUGCCACAAACAAGGCUCGCUGCUUGCCCACCUGCAGAGCCACAGGCACUGGCCUCAGUCAGGUUGAAUAACCAUGGACCGAUGGUGAAGCUGGUGCAUCUGUGAUGGCCCUGGUGCUGCAGAAGUGCCCAGCCGCCAGAACCUUAUUGCAAUCAACGUAAGGUUGAGGAUGGGACACACACAUAGGGAGUAUCAUGGACUCAUCAGAUUCACCUAAUGAAAAAAGCAAAUCCUGGGGUUGCCAGUGUGAGCGCUUGCAGUAGUCCAUGUAAUUAAAACCAAAUUGGAUCAAAUGCAAGCUAGAGGCCUUAACUGCCAAGUUUCGUUUAAGCAACACUUUUCAAGUAAGACCUGAAGUAGCUAAAAUAUUUGAUUUGCAUUUUUGUCCAGCAUAGAAUAAUGACUCUGUAAAUUGUACAGUGCUGUGGAUUACCUGUUUCUUUUGGAAUUGUGCAACCCUUUGAGAUAAAAUUUUAGAAAAAAAAUCACUUUUUUUUCUGAAAACCAUUUCUGUGGAAAAAUGCUGGCUUUGGAGGGAUACUUUUUAGUCCCUGCCCCUAAUUCCCAAUAGGUACCCCAGAUUGGUCUUGCCAGCUACUUUUGGUUUUCUUCCUCAUGGAUGGGGGUUGAUCCUGGCAGCAAUAUUUACCUUUGUACAAAGAUUCAGCAGCCCAUAGGGUCUACGCCGUGCAAGUGUGUAAUGUUCUGAGAGUUUCAGUCACCUGUAAUUAUUGCACGAGACCUAAGUGCUAGCCCUGGGUUGGAAAGUGAAUUUCCGCUCUGUGAAAAGCAGCUCCGCAAAGUGUUUGAUAUUUAAUCACUGACACAGCCUAUGCCUGUGCUUGUCUUAAAGACCAUGAGCAGCUCCUCCAGCUCCCAGGAGCAGCCUCCCUCGCUAUAGCUCUUUAUCUAUUGCAGUAUCCAACUGGAGAUCGUGCCAGCAAGGUUUUCUUGCCCUUGGCCUCCUUACUCCCUCCUUUGGCAGGCCGCGUCUGCUGAGCCAUGGAGGCAUGGUGGCAGCUGAACUCAGCUUCUGCAGCAGCAGCUCUCAUCUGUCUCUGUUGAAAGAGAGAAAUACGGCUCCCCUGGACGUCGUGUUACUCAAAAUAACAACCCUGCCAAUUUUAUGCCUGUUUUCGCAUUUGGAAUCAAAGCAAUGGCCUGGGCAGAAGGGGCUUUUUAUUUCUGCUCUGCAGAUACACAUCCCAUUUUUAGGUACUGGAGAGGAAAGAGAAGUGGGAAAGGCUUGAAAGAAAGUUGUGCAGAGCAGCCACUUCAAAGGCAAUGCAAGGGUAGACAGCUGGCCAAGUAUUUGGAUGGGCAAGUGAUACCAGUCACAGCAUAUCCCUUUUCCAUGCAUAGGUACUUCUUUAGCACUGCACUUUCACUAGAGUAAUAUCCCAGCCAUAAUUGUGUUCCCAAAAUACUUCGGACAAUUAAAACUGCAGGGUAUUUUUUAAGAAAGGUAUUUAGGUGGUGCCUCCCAUUAAGCUGAGGAUAAGAUACACAUUUUCAGUAUCUUGAACAGCUUGGAAAAUCACCACCAGCUUAAUUAUCCGAGUCAGUUUUUCCUCUAAGGGAAUAUAAACUAAAGCCAAGCUUUGGAAAAAUGUUGCCUUCUCAGCUUGGGCAACUGCUCUUUUGGGAUCUCACCAUGCAGUCUGUUUAUUACUUAAUUUCCCUUCACUUGUGAGAGUUCAAAUGCUCUUGCUUUAUAGUUCUCCAUAGGCAGGCCCAUGCAGCAUCGCUGACAAUGCUUAAACUUGCAUCAAAAAUGGCUUUAAAACACAAUAAAACUUUGAACAUAAAGCUUGUCAAAAGGUCUCCCUCCUGCAGCUCCCCCUCCAUCCCAGGUGUUUUCAGCUGUUUUGGGUCUAGGCACUUGCUGGUCACUUUAUUUUAUUAGCUCCAGUGCAGUCAUUUGUGACAAGGGUGAUUGGCAGCAUUAGCUGGCUUCAACAUUUUUUUUCAGCUCUGCAAUGUUAUGUAUUUUAAAAAAGAGGGGGACCGUCAUGCCUUUCUCAUAACACUUUCCUGAGCCACCAGGCUACAAACCACCCUUCAGUGGCAGCUGGGAACUCCCACCACAGGCUUUCA